AACAAAUUGACAACCAAUUUAAAACUUUUUUUUUUCAGAUGGAAAAAACCAUGGGAUUGAAAAUAAAUUUAGGACACUUUAAUCCAGUGCAAAACCUUUUCAUGAUUUCAUCAGUAUAGUUAUCGUCCCAUUGUGGCUCAAAGCAUGAUGAGACUAAUAAUUUUCAAGUUUACGUAAACUUGUUUCCAGUUUCCACCUACUUAAGCAAUAAUUACUUACCUACAAAUAAUGCACAUUACUUGACACCUGCCUAGAAUGAUAGUAGAAGCUACUAAUAUUUGCUCCCUCUUACAAAUUCAUCACUUCAAGUCUCUAAUCACUCACAAAACUAAAUCUACAUUUCUUCAUGUAACAAAUCUUGCAUUAAAUUUCCACAUAUAAAAGAUUCAUUUUUGUAAGUUCUUCCCAUAAAAGCCAAUCUCGAAUUCCAAGUCUCAUCUUUACAAUCAAAUUCACCCCUCCCAAUUUCAAAUCUUCGUAUGCCUCAUCUUCAUAAGCUCUCUUUAAAAACUCCACAAAACAACUUCACCUGAACAAACCAAAACCCAUAGCCAUUUUUCCCGACCACCCGAACCACCACCGCCCGGUACGUUAACAAUGUCGGCCAAGGACUGCGGCCACCACGAACACGAGCGGAAGAAGCUGUUCCGCCGCCUGAUCAUCGCGGCCGCCGCCUUGAUCGUCGCCGUCCUCUUCAUAAUCCUCCUAGUAUACCUCAUCCUCCGCCCCGCAAAACCGCAAUUCAUCCUCCAAGACGCCACAAUCUACUCCUUCAACGUAUCCCAGCCGCCGUCGCCGCCGCCGGCCUUCCUCACCUCCACCUUCCAGAUCACGCUCUCUUCCCGCAACCCCAACGACAAGAUCGGCGUCUACUACGACCGCGUCGACGUCUACGCCGCCUACCGCGGCCAGCAGAUCACGCUGCCGACGCUCCUCCCGCCGACGUACCAGGGCCACAAGGAUGUCGCCGUUUGGUCCCCGUUCUUGUUCGGAGAAAACGUCCCGAUCGCGCCGUUUUACAGCGACGCGUUGACUCAGGACCAGUUCGCGGGGACGGUGAUGAUUAACAUCAGGGUGAAUGGACGGAUAAGAUGGAAAGUUGGGACCUUCAUUUCCGGGAGGUAUCGUCUAUUUGUGAAUUGUCCGGCUUAUAUUAACAUCGGGAAAUGGAAGAGUGGCAAUAUCGUAAUUGGACCUGCUCCUCCCGCCAUGAAGUUUCAGUUGGUACAGAAUUGCCAUGUUGAUGUUUAACACACAAAUGUUGAGUUCUUCUUCUUCUAAUGUUUCGGGUAUAAUUCAGGUAUCAAUUUCUAGUUAAUUCCUUUCAUUAAUUAAUCAAUUAGUAUAUGCGCGUUUUCCUUCACGGUUCAUUAAAAAAAUUAAUUUUAAAUCUUGUAUUAGUUUGAGAUUUAUGUACAAAUAUUCAAGAUGGCGGUGUUACAGGAAAAGGAAAAAAGGGUCAAGAAAUUGUGGAUUAGUACUAUAUUAUAUUAUUGCUAUUGUGCCAAUUUAUUUAUUCAGAUAUUCUAUCAUCUUUUGCAUAUCCAACAAUGGAUAAAGGAAUCUUCUAUUGAUCCACGUAAUUUAUUCUUUCUUAAUCAUGCAUCCAAUAAAGUCCUUGCAUAUUCGAAAGUAAAAGGCUUCAUUCCCUUUCCAUUUAUUUUGUCAAGGGGAGAAGGAAGAACUAAAGUAGGGAUGGAAAUUCCUGAUUAAAUAAAAUGUCAUGAAUUGAAUUCCCUUUUCAUUUCCCCUUUUUGUUUUAUCUCAUUAUUAGGAGUAUGUUUUGUUACUGUGAAUAAAAUGUCAGUUUAGUAAAUUAACUCGUAAAUUUUGGUUCAAAGACUUCUAUUUUGGGAUAAUUUUAGAUAUUUGUAUGGGGAAAACUGGAAAAGUUGAAUGCCAUGAAUUGAACACAUUUCACUGAUUAUAAAUAUUUUUUCCUUAAAAUAUUGUCUAAUUUAUAUUUUUAUUUCUAAUAUAAUUUAAGUUAAAACUAAAAUUCAAACUGAACAAUAAUCAAAAGACAGAAGGGAUUUUUUUUUCCCAUCUCAAAUCCACCACAACCUGUUGGAAUUCUACUUCAAGAAUAGUGGACAACAAUGGCUCCACUAGAUCAAAGAACAAGAGGAAGAAUUUAUAGUUAGGACAAAAGAAAGUUUUGUCUCCAAGUCACAAGUAAACUUGCUUUCCUUUAGGCUAAAUUCGCUCACUAUACAGUGCAAUUGUCUAGGUGAAUUCCCUAUGAGAUAAAAUGGAGAUCAUGCUGUUUCACUAUGCAUUUUAGUGAACCAACAACCUGAUACAAGGAUAAGAAAUGUCAUUGAAAAUAUUCCAAAUAUUUGGUGAUUUAAUUGUACACUAAAAGCAUCCAAAUGAUCUAUAUUUAUAGAGUUUUUAGAGAAAACUCUUGAGGAUUAGACGUAACCCUUGGUUAUGGUCAUAGACAUAACUUUUCGUUAAUGUCUUUUCAUAUGGAGUCCAUAUGCACAACCUAUUAAUUGUGUCUCUACAAUAUAUUAAAAAUACCCAAUAGGCACAACAUAUUAAUUAUGCCCAUACAAUAUAUUGAAAAUGACUCCAACAAUCCCCCGCCAUUUUCAAUAUAUUGAAAAUGAUUUCUAAGUGCAUCCAGAAUAAUUCUAGCAAAACACAUGCAGAAAAUAAUGGUGUCGUUAGACUUGAACCACUACCUUAGUGUCGGUUUUAUAACUUGUAGUACAGCCCGGUAGACUAGCUUUGAACCGUGCGUACAUGUUACAAGCCACUAUUGUCAACACACAUAAGUUUCUUUCUCCUCAACUUGCCUGCACCUUACCAGUGCGUAUGGUACGUAAGGUCUUGUAUUCAUAUCUCUUCAUGAAUGUUAACAAAGCCAAGUUCCAUGUUUUGUGGAUGCCCAGUCCGACAUUCAUAUAGGCAAACUUCUUAAUGCUCCCGCCAUUUUGGCAUUUACAAGAGUUUGUUAAGAGUCAAUUCUCAACCUGAUACCCAGCGCGAAAUAUACAACACUAACUAUUUUGAGAUAAAUAUUGUAGUGCUCAAUUACUUGUACAUUGUACUAUCGUUCAUUGAAUUCAAGACUAAAGUAUUUACUAGCGUUGAAUUGGGGUUCCAAUGCAAGUAAUCAUUUCUGGACUUUACACAUAUCUCUUUAAGUCAUUCAGUCUUUAGACCAAAUGUCUUUCAAUAGUCCUUACUUAUGAGUUUGUUAACUCAAAUUUUAAGGAUCAUCUCUUCACAUGAGUCUAUUAACUCAAAUCUUGUUAAGAAUUUCAAUUCUUAACAUGAGUUCAUUAACUCAUCUUGUGAUCACAAUUUAAAUAAUACUGCAUACAAAUUGUUAAUUAAUAUGAUCAUAUUUAGGAAAUUGAAGAACCAGUCUGUUCUUUCAAACUUCCAAUCAACCCAACAAUGAAAUCAUCUUCCCUAAUAUAAAGUUUCAAAAUCACCAUGUCACGACUUCUUUCUUCAUAUUCCUGGAAAAAUUAGCUCCAUUUCGCUUGUUACAAGCAUUUUACACUUGAGCUCUUAGUGUCAUUCUUCGUUAUAAUAUGGUAGCUUUCCUAAUACCUUCAUUGUUAUUUUAGUUGAUAUGAUUUCGAACAUGGACUUGAUGCUUUGUCCAUUUUCCACAAUGUGGACUUAGGUCAAGGAUCAUUCUCCUUUUUAACUUUAAUAGAGAAUUUUUCAUUCUCUUCAAACUCUUUUAUUGUAUAUAAAGAGUUCCAAGUUUUCAAACAUAUAAUCUCCUUUUUUUCUUUGAGAUCUCAUGGAAACUUUAAAGUAUUGACAUAAAUAACUCAAACAUAUAGUAAAACAUGAAUUUCAAAUCGUAUAUUAACACAUAUGAUAUAAAUUCAUAACUAUAUCACUAUUGUCAUACUAAAGUACAUAGUGAAUUUCUUUUACAUGCAAAAGUUCAUGAUUCUACAACUAUGUUCACUCAGGUAUAGAUCUCAACACUACGUUCAUGAAUUUAUUAAAUAUAUACAUACCUUGAACUUGGAAUGUCAUAAUUCACAAGUAAAAUAUAAUUCUUACUUUGAUGUCGAGGUCCAUUGUAUCCUAUCAUUACCCUUUCCAUUAAAUCCAAUGAUCUGCAACAUUUUUAACAACGAAAAUGUCCUUGCUUGAUUCUUCAAGUACUAGCCAUUGUUUAACAGGAAUAUUUAGCCUAAAGAUUGUUAGAAUUCUACUUCAAGAAUAGUGGACAACAAUGGCUGCACUAGAUCAAAGAACAAGAGGAAGAAUUUAUGGUUAGGACAAAAGAAAGUUUUGUCUCCAAGUCACAAGUAAACUUGCUUUCCUUUAGGCUAAAUCCGCCUACUAUACAGUGCAAUUGUCUAGGCGAAUUCCGUAUGAGAUAAACUGGAGAUCAUGUUGUUUCACUAUGUACUUUAGUGAACCAACAACCUGAUACAAGGAUAAGAAAUGUCAUUGGAAAUAUUCCAAGUAUUUGGUGAUUUCAUUGUACGCUAAAAGCAUCCAAAUGAUCCAUAUUUAUAGAGUUAGAGA